AUGCGAGGCUCCUCUCUCCUUCCAAAACAACUCCGCUCUCUGGGCAGAAGCGACAGCUGGUUGAAUCGUACCGUCACCUCUGGCCUCCUGGCUCUGUCGCAUACUGCAUGCCAACAUCCGAUACACACCAUUGUCGUACUUGCGUUGCUGGCUAGCACUUCAUAUGUCGGUCUUCUUCAAGAGAGCUUGUUUGAUACUGGAGUGAAAACCAUACAACAAAAUGGCCGCGUUGACGUGGAAGCACUGUUGAAAGGCAGCCGCACGCUGGAACUAUCCGAGAAGACUGCAUGGAAAUGGGAUUUUGCAGACGAUUAUGGCGUUCCGCAGGUGUCACUGGGAGCAGAUCAUUAUGCCCUGGUCACGCUCCUGUUCCCGGACUCUUCGUCACUCCAGCUGGCUCCUGAAGCUCACGAUGUGCCUAUACCAUCCAAUAUCACAGCCACGAACGUCCCCACUACCUCCAAUCUUUUGUCGCCGAUAUCGCACGACACCUCUCUUGCUUUUUACACCUCAUUCUCCGAAGUGGCCGACUUUCUACGGGCGGCGCAAGAGCUGCCCGCCAGAAACACGGAAUCGGAAGGCAAUGGUGAUGGGGUCUGGUUGAUGAAAGCUGCCCGUCUGAAUGGUCUGGGGUCGCGCGGGUCCUACAGGGCCUGGCUCAGCGAGGGUUGGUCGUCCUUCGUGGAUUUGGUCAAACACGCAGAGACGCUGGACAUAAUUAUUAUGUCUCUGGGCUAUCUGUCGAUGCACUUGACUUUUAUCUCGCUGUUUGUGUCAAUGAAGCGGCUCGGUUCCAAUGCUUGGCUGGCGAUCUCCGUCUUGUUCUCCAGCCUGUUCGCAUUUCUGUUCGGGCUGGUCACGACGACGAAGCUGGGAGUGCCAAUCAACAUGGUCCUGCUUUCGGAAGGUCUGCCCUUCCUCGUUGUUACCAUUGGGUUUGAAAAAUCAAUUAUCCUCACAAAGGCGGUUCUGUCUGCUUCGUACGACACCAGUCGGCGCCCAGACUCCUCGGCGAAUGGCGCUGCUACAGGCCCGUUCGCUCAACCGUACGCAGCGAGCUCCAUCCCAGACGCCAUUCAAAUGGCCGUCAAGGACACCGGCUUUGAGGUCGUCCGAGACUACGCAAUCGAGAUUGCCGUCCUCAUCCUCGGGGCGGCUUCUGGCGUCCAGGGCGGACUACGGCAAUUUUGUUUCCUAGCCGCCUGGAUCUUGGCUUAUGAUUGUUUGUUGCUAUUCACCUUCUACACCACAAUCCUGUGCAUCAAACUCGAGAUCAACCGUAUCAAGCGGCAUGUCGCUCUUCGCAAGGCUUUAGAGGAAGACGGGAUCAAUCAGCGAGUGGCCGAGAACGUCGCCACCAACAAUGACUGGCCGAGUGGGCAAUCUGAUCAAGGAGCGGGUUUCAACAUCUUUGGCCAAAAGAUCAAAGCCAGCAGUGUCCCGAAGUUCAAGAUUUGGAUGGUCACCGGUUUCGUCAUCGUCAAUAUCAUCAAUCUUUGCACGAUUCCCUUCCGCACCGCCAGCAGUGUCAAGGCCACUGGGCCAACAAUUCCGAGCAUGCUAACCCCGGCACCUAUCGACCCUUUCAAGGUUGCAGAGAAUGGAUUGGACGCCAUCUAUGUCGCUGCAAAGAGCAAGAAGAUCGACACCUUUGUCACCGUUCUGCCGCCUAUCAAAUAUGAACUGGAUUAUCCGUCCCUGCAUCAACCGGGGGCACAAGAUGACCUCGGUUUCUUCGAGCACGAGUACACAGAUCAGUUUCUGAACGUGAUGGGCGGGCGUGUCAUUGAGGGUGUCCUGAAGAGCCUUGAAGACCCCGUUCUUAGCAAAUGGGUUUUAAUUGCUUUGACCUUGAGUUUGAUCCUCAAUGGGUACUUGUUCAACGCCGCACGUUGGAGCUUGAAAGAACCUCACUCGACAACAAGCUCGCCAUCUGCACCGAAGCCACCACAGCUCGAACUGCCGCAAGCGCCGAAGCCCAAGCCGGUCGAUCUGGCAGGGGCCAACGAGCUGACGAGGUCCCAGGCCGAGUGCGAGCAGAUGCUCAAAGAGAAAAAUGCCGCCUACCUCACCGACGAGGAGUUGAUCGACCUGUCGAUGAGAGGCAAAAUCCCCGGUUAUGCAAUCGAGAAAACCUUGGAGAAUCCUGAGGCCAUGACGCGCUUGGAAUCGUUUGUUCGUGCUGUCAAAGUUCGGAGAGCAGUGGUGUCGAGAACCCCGGCCACCAAACGCUUCGCGGGUGUUCUGGAAUCAUCAAAAGUGCCAUACAAAGACUACAACUACGAACUGGUCCUGGGUGCAUGCUGUGAGAAUGUGAUUGGGUACCUGCCCCUGCCAUUGGGAGUUGCAGGUCCCCUGACGAUCGAUGGUCAGAGCUACUUUUUGCCUAUGGCGACCACUGAAGGUGUGCUGGUGGCUGGUGUCAGUCGUGGCUGCAAGGCCAUCAAUGCUGGUGGCGGCGCCGUCACUAUACUCACCAAUGACGGCAUGACACGCGGGCCUUGUGUCGGCUUUCCAACCCUUGCUCGGGCUGCGGAGGCCAAGGUCUGGCUGGACUCUGAAGACGGCUGGCGCCGCAUUCGAGACGCAUUCAACUCCACCAGUCGCUUUGCACGGCUCCAGUCGCUGAAAACAGCUCUGGCGGGCACUUACCUUUAUAUCAGGUUCAAGACAACCACAGGCGAUGCCAUGGGAAUGAACAUGAUUUCGAAGGGAGUGGAAAAGGCGCUAUCAGUGAUGUCGACAGAAUGCGGCUUUGACGACAUGUCGACAAUUGCAGUGUCCGGCAACUACUGCACUGACAAGAAAGCUGCCGCGAUCAACUGGAUCGAUGGCCGAGGUAAGGGUGUUGUGGCCGAGGCCAUCAUUCCCGGCGACGUCGUUCGAAGCGUCCUCAAGAGCGAUGUAAAUGCUCUCGUGGAGUUGAACAUUGCAAAGAAUUUGAUCGGCAGUGCAAUGGCUGGCAGUAUUGGCGGUUUCAACGCGCAUGCUGCCAAUAUCGUGGCUGCCAUGUUCCUGGCCACCGGUCAAGAUCCCGCUCAGGUUGUUGAAAGUGGCAAUUGCAUUACCGUGAUGAAGAACAACAAUGGCAACCUUCAGAUCAGCGUGUCUAUGCCAUCACUCGAAGUUGGUACCAUUGGAGGAGGGACGAUUCUCGAAGCACAGUCGACUAUGCUAGAGAUGCUUGGAGUUCGUGGAGCUCACCCAACCAACCCAGGCGACAAUGCGCGCCAACUGGCCAGGAUCAUUUCUGCUGGCGUUCUUGCAGGAGAGCUCAGUCUAUGCAGUGCACUCGCCGCAGGCCAUCUUGUGCGGGCACACAUGGCGCAUAACCGCAGCGCUGCCCCCACCAGAACAUCAACACCAGUGUCAGCUGCGGUUGAGCCCUUCCUUCGAGCUCAAAAUGGUCCUUCCAUCCCUUCCUCGCUGAAAAUGACCAACGGGCGAUGA